UGCCUCCCAAAUGAAAAAAACUUCUCAGCCCAAUAAGGAACAGGUCAAUCUUUCAAAGCCUAAAAGAGAAAGAAGUCUAAAACAUUCCCUUUCUGCUGAUAAAUCCCCAUCUUCCGCAACUUCAGUGGAGAACUCUAGUUCAACAAAACAUAACACUGAAUUCAAAGCAUUUAAAGAUAUCCAAAAGUCAAAAACACAACCGACAGUUGCAACUGAGAGAAGUCCAACAUCAAAGAGUAGUUUUUCUUAUACAAAGAGUAAAGUCAAAUCAGGUGACAUUGGCAACAUAACCGAGGAAAAACCUUCUUCCUCAGCACUUGGCACGGACCGAAAAGAGCAGAACAUUGAAAAGGAGAAGCCAGCGAAUGAAACCCAGCUGAGUGAGCCAAAGAGUCCAAAAAAAUUCACGACUGAUGUGUCACCAACAGGAAGGAAGCUGCCUCAAAUGACACCACUGAGCCCUCAAAAACAGUCCUCAGAUGGAGAAGUUGCCCACGGAGAGAGUGAGUCACAUGAACCAGUCUCACUGCCACUUACCAAGCCAGAGAGAAAUGAGUCAUCACUGGUUAACGGCCCUGUUGCUGAUGGCAAAUCUUCCAAAUGUGAUCAAGCCACUGGGAAUGCUGUAGCCAGGGUAUCACCAGAGCUCAAAUUGGAAAGCCAUAUUAAGGAGGUGGAUGAUUUACAGUCAGCAAAUCCAUGUCUCAAAAGUCCCACAAAACUCAAACCCAAGAAAGAUUUUAGGAAGGCGGAGCUAACAGCAGCUUCAGAUUCAAAAAUGGACAAAGGCAAGAAAAUGACAAGUUUGUCUGUCACAACCACAGCUGCUUUGAAAUCUGACAAAGUAGAACAUAUUUUUACACAAUCAGCCAUUUCUGAAAGUGAAAACUGUGAUGUUGCUGAGACCAAAGUCACACCAGUUGUGUCACUUUCAGAAAACAAUGAUUUACCAUCCAAUCGAAAGACAGAAUCAAAUCUAUCAAUUUCUACAGACCCACAUGUGCAAGUUGCAUCAGAUAAACUGCCAGAUAUUUCUAAGACGGAUGAAAUUUCCACAACAUCUAAGACGGCUAAACAAUCAAAUGCCUUUUCUGAAACAAAUGUUGAGAAUUCUGUAUCUUCUAAAACCAAAGUAACACUGUAUUUGUCUUCAGAGAAGACCGAUUCACACUCAGAAAAGCAGACAGAGUCAGAUCUUCCAGAUUUAUCAAACCUACAUGUCCAGGAUAUACCAAAUAAGCAAUCAGUCACAGAAAAGCCACUUACUGAGUUCAAGAAAGAGAAAUGUGACCUUUCCAAGGAAAAUGAAAUUUCCUCAAUACAUGUGACAGACCAUAACACAACCAGUGAUCUUAGCACUCAAGGUAUUGGUAAACAACCAAAACCCACUUCUGAAAAAAAGGGUGAAAAAUCUGGUGCUGUUGAAAACACAGUCAAACUGGAUGUGUCGCUCUCAGAAAACAAAAAUUUGCAGUCCACAAUACCACUGACUGAAUCAAAUAUACCAGAUUCAUCAGAGUCACAUGUCCAGAUUACGCCAGAUAAGCAGUCAGAUGUUGACCCAGAUAAGAAUCUUGAAUUCGAGAAAGAGACAUGUGCCCUUUCUAAGGCCGAUGACAUUUCCAAAAUAGCCAAUACAUCCAAACCAUCAAAAGCCACUUUUGAAAUAAAGAGUGAAAAAUCUGGGGCUUCUGAAACCAAAGGAAAACUGGAUGUGUUGCUUUCACAAAAGAAUGAUUCACACUCAGAAAAACAACAACCAGAGUCUGAUAUACCAGUUUCAACAGAGUCACAUGUGCAGCUUGCAUCUAAUGAGCAGCCAGAUGUUGUCAAAGAGAAGUCCAGUGCUGGAUUUGAGAAGAAAGCUGAUCUGAGUGUUAAAGGUACAGAGAAGUCUUAUAGGGAACAAAUUAUUCAGGUCAUUUCAGAGAACUCGUCUAAGACAACCCAAAUGUCUGAGACUAAAGAGCAAAGUGUGGAAGAUAAUGUUCAUUCAGAUUUAAAACAUCCAAAAACAAUUCCACAACUAGAUGAAAAGGUUGCAAGUGAAGAAGGAAGUGGGAAAUGCAAAGUAUUAGAGACGCAACCGGUUGAGUCUGGAGACUUGUGUAAAACAAUCCCAGAGUGUGUCAAACAGAAUGAAUCAAAUAAACUAAAGCAAGUUGAUGAGACACCAUUAGCAGUGAUCACGGCUCCAGAGGCUGCUUCUAAACCCAUUCGAAAAGAUGAUCAGACUUCAGAUCAACAACUAACCUCAGUUAAAAUAACAGAUAAAUUGACUUCCAAAGUGGACAGAAAGAGUGAAGUCCAAGUUAAAAAUACAGAAUCCAAACUGAAAGUCAAGAAUCUUAUGAAGCCUAAUGAUAAAAUACCAGCUACUAACUUACAAAAGCUGAAACCACCAACUGACCAAAAUAUUCACCAGUUUACUUCUCAGAAUCUUCCUUUGGAGCCCAAAGGCCUCUCACAAAAUAGCAAGGCACCAUCUAGUUGGUUAGACGUGGACCAAAGUUUUGAGAAGAAGAAAACAGAGAGACGUUUGGAUUGUUCUGCAAGUGAUGACAAACAGCUUGACACUUCUAGUGACUUUGAUGAUUUCAUACGUAACAUCAAGGAGAACUGUUCCCCUUUCUCUUUACCACCAAGAAAACAUGGGCAGAACAAGAUGCCGUCACCUCCUUUUGCCAUGCCUGCCAUUAAAGAAGAUCACUUUGAGAAGAUAUUUGACCCAGAACAGUUCCAGUUUGGGACAAAAAAAACUGUAGGACCUAAAGAUCCCUCUCCAGCCAUGAUGAUCAAGAAGAAAAAUGAACAGGCAAAAACCCACCCACAGUCCAAACGUUCUGAGGAAAGCCUUCUUUAUAAAGGUCUCUUGUCUAGACGGGAACAAGACAAAGACAAAAAGGUCACAGUCACUGAGGAGAAAACUGAUGGAGAAAAUCAGAACACUGAAGGUUCAGGAAAAAUGCCCUCAAGGUUGGAAAAAAUGUCAAUAAUCUCAAACCUUGUGAACUACCCAAACAGAGCCAGAACUGACCCAACAGGGGUGGUGCCAACCUUAGGAGAUCGGAGGGACAUAUCGCUGACCCAUGCUAUCACCACUGUAAAAGAGGGGCUUGCUGAUUUGCCAGAUUGUGGCAAUGUAAAGGCAGGACCUGUUGAUUCAGUAAAGAGCCCAUACACACCUCCACCUCUUCCAACUUUCUCAGAAGUCAAGCUGCCUGACUUUUUGGAAAAAAUAAUGAAUAAAGGCAAAGAAGCUAACACCAUGAGCCAGCAAAGGCCUGACACUGGCUCUGUUCCUUCAUUGGAUUUGAAUCUCACUUCCAACAAAUUUAAUUCAAGCAUGGGACUGCAAGGCAUAUCGGUAACAUCCCCAUCCAACAGCACUCAGCAGAUUCCACUGCCCACACCCAGCACUCUCUCACCAACAUACACAGAGACAUCUGGUGUAAGAGGCUUCCACAGACGCCCUGGAAAGAUUGUGAUAUACCAACAACCUAAUUUUGGAGGAGAGACAUAUGAGGUGUUCAGAGACAUAGAAGAUGCCACCUCCCUAAACCUCUGUCCACUCAUCUCCAUAAGGGUCGUUAGAGGAUGCUGGCUGCUGUAUGAAAAGCCAGGUUUCCAGGGCCGGUCCAUUGCACUGGAGGAGGGGCCAUCAGAGAUAGCAAAUGAGUGGGCAGAGACAGAGCCCAGUGGGGAAAUACAGCCAAACGACCAGCUGCUCCCAACCACACCCAUGGUUAUUGGCUCCAUUAGGCUUGCAGUAAGGGACUACACCACACCGAAAAUUGACCUGUUCACAGAGCUGAAUGGGAUGGGACGAAUGUCUUCAUUCUGCGAUGACACCAUAGAGACCUGUUCAUUUGGUAUUCCUCAGAAUACUGGGUCCAUUAAGGUUCACAGUGGAGUUUGGCUGGUCUUUAGUGACCCAGGUUUCCAGGGUCUUUUAGCUGUUUUGGAGGAAGGAGUAUAUCCCUGCCCUCAGGACUGGGGCUUUCCCACUCCCUUUGUAGGAUCACUGCGGCCCUUGAAAAUGGGUGUAAUUAAGGUGGAAAAUCCCAAUGAAAUUAAGGCGGUACUCUUUGAAAAACCAAUGUUCAAAGGGGAGUGCUUAGAGAUCGAACGGGAUAUUUACAACUUUGAUGAAGUAGAGGAAGAGAAGAAGGAUGAAGAAGAUGAAACUGAGAGUCCUGACAGCAUCAGGAGAAAGAGGCUGAGUUCUGUCGGCUCACUGAAGAUCCUGAGUGGCCUCUGGGUGGGAUAUUCUGCACCAGACUUCGAGGGUCGCCAGUAUCUUCUGGAGGAAGGAGAGUAUGCAGACUUCACUGACUGGGGUGGAUUAGAAGACAGGCUCCUGUCUAUACGUCCUAUAUUAGCAGAAUUCAUGACUCCUCAUGUGAGAAUGUUCAGUGAGCGGGAUUUCAGCGAGAGAGGGAUGAAUGUGGACCUGCUGGAACCUGUCAUUAGCAUGGAAGCCACUGGCUUUGGCAUAAAGACACAGUCGGUGGAAGUCCUCUCUGGCGUGUGGAUAGCGUUUGAAAAGGCACACUUUUUGGGUGAGCUGUACAUUUUAGAGAAGGGUCUUUACGGGAGUCCAGAGGACUGGGGAGCACACAACUCCAAGAUCUUGUCAAUUCAGCCUGUGGUUUUGGAACAGGCUGAAGGACUGUCCAGAUAUAAGGUGCAGUUGUUUGCUGAACCAGGGUACAAGGGAGCAAUGCAGGCUUUAGAUGAAAAUGUGGCAUUCCUGCCGGAGGGCUUCUACCCCAUGUCCUGCAAGGUUUUGGCUGGGAGCUGGGUGGUGUUCGAUGGCCCACAGUUCACUGACAACAUGUAUGUACUUGAAGAAGGAGAAUACCCCAAUCCCGAGUCUCUGGGCCUACUCAACUCAGACUGCAAAAUCAGCUCUGUCCACACUGUAGGACAUGAGUUCUCUAUGCCCUCCAUCACACUCUUCUGUAAAUCUGGCUUCAGAGGACGUAAAGUGGUUCUGACCGAUGGCGUUUUGAAUCUGUCUCUGGCUGGCAUUGAUGGGCGGGUCAACUCUCUGUUGGUUAAUGGAGGAAUCUGGGUGUUGUAUGAAUACAGCAACUUCCAUGGUCGUCAGGUCCUGCUCCAUCCCAGCGAGAUCGGUGAUUGGCAGAAGUUCCAAGGCUGGGAGCAGAUUGGCUCUCUGCGUCCGUUAUUACAGAAACGUGCUUAUUUCCGGCUGCGUAGUGCUGAAACGGGCUACUUGAUGUCUCUGACUGGACCACUGGAUGAUUUAAAGCUGCUCCGGGUGCAAGUGCUGGAGGAAACUGGUGGUCCAGAGCAGAUAUGGGUCUAUGAGAAUGGACUACUGCACUGCAAGAUGGUCGAGGACUGUUGCGUGGAGACGUCUGGAGGUGUGGUGAUGGCAGGUGGCAGGUUGAAUAUCUCACCUGAACUAGGCAAAGACAAUCAGUUCUGGAGCAUCACAGGAGACGGAAUCAUACGCAACAAUCUCAAGCCCGACCUUGUGCUGGAGGUCAAAGGUGGCCAACAGUAUGAUAAAAAUCAGGUGAUUCUCAACACCUUCGAUGAGCAGAAACCCAAUCAGAGAUGGACUGUGGAAAUCCUUUAGUGCUGGAGUCAGAACAGAACUCCUGCUAUCCAGCAGAAACCCUAAAAUGUCUGAAGAUGUUGUGCACUGAGAAGAUUAUCUAAAUCAAAAAACCCAAAAUGGCUCAGAUAAAUCUCUGUCACCGAUGGGAUUCUUAUCCCAAGAUGAGAAUGUGUGGGAGACCAAACCUUUUGAAAUAAUCCAUCUAGAUUAGUUAAUCUUCGGACGUUCAACUGAAGUUCAUAGACUCCAUCAAGGACCCUAAUGAUACCUGCCAGUUUCAUCAUCUUGUGUGCUAGUUCUCUUUUUGUCAUUGCUCUACAUUGACCUAUAAACACAAAGUACUGUCCUGCUUGCAAUGCAAUGGUUUUACCAAAGAGUGCGCAGUAGCAUAACGAUUUGUAUGGAGCUGCACUUACCUUUUGUGUCAGAAAAGAGUCGAGGUUAAUUCCGUAUGUCCCAGUUUACCCUUUGCCUGUCCUAAUUACACUUUAUAGGGGCAAAAAGCACCUUCUUCGUUUCAUAAGUAGCUGUGUAUUUUGACUAAAUUAUUUUUUGCAAGAAAUAUAUAAAUUAUAGAUACUUAGUAUAGUCAUAUACCGUACUACUUGUACUAUUGCCUUAAUAUCUUAAGAGCUCCUAAAGGUUUUCUAGUCUGCAGCCUUUCAUGUCAAAUCUCAGGAUGGUCUCUAGUAAAGGGCUUGUGCAUGUUAUUGUGCCAUCAGCCAAUCAGCAGUCAUGACAUUAUUUUCUUGUGGCUCUAGAGUAAUUAAUCACAUUAAUGGCUUAGAUGAUUGGCUCAAAACAACCUCGCCGCUGAACUAGGCGCCCAUGAGCAAAAACUUUACGUUUUAAAUGACAUACUUCCAAGGGCUCCUGCACCAAAUGAGCAGCUGUUCAGAUGAAUGAGAAUACAAACAGAUAUUAUAGACCUCACUGAAUGUCAGGCAGCAUUUAUUGCCAUUCAAACUCAACUGAAGGCAAAAUAUGGGAACUCACUGACUCGUACAAUUUUACAGUCGCUGUACAAAGGUUUUUUUUUGUAGUAUGUCAGAUUAUUCUGCAAAAUAAGUAUAAAAAGCACUAUUGCACAUAUUAUAAUUUUUUAUAAACAUUUCCUCCUAGCUGUGCAGAUCUGGCAUCAGUUCACUCCUGCUAACAAACUCACAUAAAUUUGAAAGAUCUGUUGUUCUGCUCUUAGCUUUUUCUGUCUCUCAGUUUUCUUUUAUACUGAUAUUUUAGUAGUUGUUGUUGUGUGUAUGUUUGUGUACAUUUUCUGACCUGUUUAAUAAUCUGUUUUAGCGUUUUUGUAUGUUCAUGGCCAUAUUUCCAAAAUAUACUG